AUGAGGUACUCGUCCCUGGGUAGUGAAGUUUUCUUCACAGAGUUUGGCGCGGAUUGGACAUCAUACAGGUCCGCACGUAACCGUCGGCGCGUCGACUUUAGUGGCCCGCAAUGGAGUUUGGAGACACUGGAAGGAGAGCCAGAAAAUGGCCUCAUGCACAAGCAGUUCAUUCGAGAGCACAUCGAAGUUCUAAACUUGGCAAAGAACAAGUUGACCGACAUCGAGUGCCUGAAUGCAAUGAAGGACACAAGGACCUUCGAAUUCCGUCGACUGCAGAUUCUUAAUGCGUCGCGCAAUAUGCUGACGUUUGUCAAGCUGGUAAAUCACAGCUUGACAGAAAUUAAUUUGAGUCAUAAUGAGCUCAUCAAGCUCCCAGACUUCUCAGCAUUGACUCAGCUCAGCAAGUUGCUCGUGUCUCACAACGACAUUGACGAUAUGUUAGAUCAAUUUGGACAGCUGCAGAAGCUGCGCGUCCUGGACCUAUCGUCAAAUCGAUUUUCCUGGCGACCGACCCUUUUCAAGAAGCAGCUCAGCCACCUGGAAAGGAUCCACCUCGAGGAGUUGAGGUUUUGGCCAAAUCCUUUUGCUGAGGGCUUUAAGGAGUACCAGUUCAUCACUGCAACCACCCUGACCUCUCUUACCUCCUUGGAUGGCUUUCAGAUCGACUCGGACCUGAGGUUUCAAUUGCGGGUUCAAGCAGACCAGCUGCAUCUGAACAUUGCGGACUUUUCCAUCUUUGACGUUCGAGUCGAGGAAAGACGAAAGAGGAAUGCCCCCGCAGAGGCACUCCCAGGUAGAGAGCAAGAAGUCAUCGGAGUUGUUCCGCUGCUGACCGAGCUCAUAGAAGCAAUGCGGAAAGCUUUGGACCAGCCAAAUGACCUUCUCAAGCAUGUGUACGACUUGGAGCAGAAGGUUUCAUGCCUGUGGAAUGCCCACUUCUGGGACAGACGCCGGCUCAUGCUGGCAGAGGACGGUGAUGGCAAGCAGGGGGGCUACAUGAAACCUGCCGAAGCUGACCGUGCAGCUGCAGAAUUCACCGACAAGAUGCAGCAGGUACUGGGGCGCUUUGAGAGCGUCCAGGACGUCCUGGUCAUGUGUUUGGUGAGGAUGUUGGGCUGCGGCAAUAGGCAGCUAUCAGAGCGCUGUGGGACCCUCCUGGCAGAUUGGGUCGACGCCAACGCCGAGGAGCUCCAUGAUCGGAUGGACAGCAUGUCCGAGGCUCUUUUUCGAGAUCUCCGCCAUGCGCUGGUCUUGGGCAUCAAAAGCAUCAACGAGAAGCCCAUGGCAUGCUACGAAGCCUCGCACGGAGCAAGAGAGAGCCUCAACUGA